UUAUUUUGGCCAAACCGCACGCGUGGAAUUACUCGAGAGAGACGAGAGGUUGUUUUGCGGCCUGGAAAACAUUUAAAAGUGCAAAUAUGGUGGAUGCGUUUUGUGCUAAGUGGAGACUGGUCGACAGCAAGAACUUUGAUGACUACAUGAAGGCGGUUGGUGUUGAUUUUGCUACGAGACAAGUGGGCAACCUGACCAAACCCACUGUGGUGAUCAGCAAGGAUGGAGACAAAGUGGUGGUGAAGACGCUCAGCACCUUCCGGAACACUGAGAUCUCCUCUAAACUUGGAGAGGAGUUUGACGAGGUCACAGCUGAUGACCGAAAAGUCAAAUCUAUUUUCACUAUGGAGGGUGAUAAAUUUGUGCAUGUGCAGAAGUGGGACGGAAAAGAGAGCAAAUUUGAGCGAGAGAUAAAAGAUGGAAAUAUGGUGAUGACUUUGACCUGCCAGGGCGUCCAGGCUGUUCGCACGUAUGAAAAGGCAUAAUUUUUAGAGGAUUCUGUUUUUAAUGUUGUGUAAUUUGCACUAAUAUGAUGAACAUUGUAGCCUUAUAUCGUAGAAAAAAAGCCUCAAAUAAAUGAUUACUGUUUGUGUA